UGAGGAACACUCUUCGGUUCUGGUGCUGGCGGUGGUCGGAAACUUUUUGUGGAUGCACUAGGGAUAGUGGUGUUGUUUACAAGCAAAGCUUGUGUCAAACAAAACCGAAAUAAUUAAAAAGUUACAGUAGCCAAGCAACAGAAGCAUCCAGCAGAAUGGAGGAUAACUACAGGACACAGCGAAAAUAAAACAUUGUAUUUCUUUGACUGAUAGAGUGGAGCAGGCCGGGCAGGUGCACUGUGUGUGUUUACUUGGCAGCGUCGACUGCGGGCACUCACUGGGACACAUGGCAGAUGAAAGCAAUAAGCUGACACUGAGGAGGCUGGAGGCCCCCAUCCACAAGUUCAUUAAUGUGGCUCUGCCCACAGACUUGGAGCGACUGCAGAAGCAUCACAAUAACAUAUUGAAGUACCAACGCAGUAAACAAUGGGACCGCCUUCACAAGGAGCACAUCAACGCCAGCAGGACUGUUCAGCAGCUGAGAGCUAACAUCCGAGAGAUGGAAAAGCUGUGCGCUCGGGUUCGUCCAGAAGACGCUGAUGCCCUGGAAAUGCUGGUCAGGCCGGUGAAGGAACAGGCAAUGAAGGCCACAAAGGACUUCUUACAUUUGCACUCGAACCCAGUGCCCCAACCCACACCACCGCCAUCACCUCCACCUGCUGCUCAGGCUUCCAGCGGUUUCCACUGUGAUGACGAUGUCGGAGAGACACCGGCCUACGGCAGACAAAUCCAUAACCUGGAGGAGGAUCUGAAGGAACUGAGUGGUUUGGUGACACACUUCUCUCUGCUGGUCCAUUCCCAGCAGGAGAAGAUUGACAGCAUCGAGGACAACGUCAACACAGCCGCUGCCAACGUGGAGGAGGGGACCAGGAGCCUGGGGAAGGCAGUGGGUUACAAGUUGGCUGUGCUGCCCAUUGCUGGAGCCCUGAUCGGCGGUGCGUUGGGAGGUCCGUUAGGCCUACUGGCAGGCUUUAAAGCUGCAGGAGUGGCGGCCGCCCUGGGGGGAGGGGCCCUGGGCUUCGCAGGUGGAAACCUAGUCCAGAAGCGCCGCAAAGCCCAAGUAGAUCUGCAGAUGAAACAGCUGAGCUUACCGCCACCGGAGAACCCGCCGCAGUCCAGCAAGGACAAAUGAUAGUGGUUAGUGGUCACAUGACCUCAGCUGCUGAUGAAGGACUGGAGCUCCUGUGUUGACUGACCAAUCAAACCCACAGAUGAUCAGUGCCGGACUUGAUGCUUGAAUGGCUACAGCGACUGUUCUGCUUAAUGUGAACACAACAAAGCAGUUUACCUUAGCACUUUUAUAAACAUUCUUUUUCGUACCAAGUAAAAGUUAAUUUAUUUUUUACCAAGUUUUAUCAAUUUACUUGUCAUGUGCCUAAUUAUGCAAGUAGCAGUCACACUGGCUAAUGUAAACCACCGACUGCUGAUUUACAUUUAAAUCAGGCGUGCCGUCACCGUAGUAUUACAGUUUAUUUUGAACCAGUGUGAAAUCAGAAGAGAUAUCAUUUGUAGGAUAACAGUAUUUGGUCUCGUGUAGGAUUUUUAAAUUCCUUGUGUGCCAUUUAUUCACCAAGUGCUUUAAAUUGAAACCUAGAUGUUUGACUUCUCUCGGUCUCAACACUUUGGCACAAAUUUACAAACUUUUUUCUUCUCCCUCCCGCUUUAAUAAUUAUUUUUCUUUAUUUUUAAAUCUUCACCACAUACGUACGUUUGGUUUUGGAUGCAGUUUUAGUAAACUAAGGCUUAUAUAUUUAGAAAUGCCUUUUGUUUAAUGAUAAUGAUGUAUGUGUUUUUAUAUUUGUGUGUAAACACAGUAUAAAUAUAUACUGUAGAUAUACAUAGAAAUACAAUAUAAGAAUUUACAUACAUGUUUACAUAUGUUAAUAUGUAUAUUAUUGAAAAUAUAUGUAUAUGCAUAUAUAGACCAACACAUACAUAUUUAUAGAAAAUCAAUACUGCCUACAGAAAAACCAGGGAUGCAACCAGUGAACAAGUGAUCUAAAACAAAAUAUUUCUUUUUGCCAAAAAAAUACUUUGCUUCAAUAUAUAAUGUGUUUUUAUUGAAAGAGAGUAAAGCAGCAUUAAAGUUGAGAAAAGUAGCAAUAGACCAGAAAACAUUUUGUAAAAUGAUCUUUAAUUUAACUUUUUUUUUUCUGUUUCUCCUCUGAGAUGACUGGUUAAGAAAUGACAUCACACUAUCCCAUGAUGCUCUCCUGUAGGUGGGCUGAUAUGUCACUUUAAGCAGGAGCUUAAUGGCCACUUAUGAGAAGAGCAGGCCAUG